CUCAUUCAGACGCGAAUCCGUUGACAACGCGGUCGCCCCAGGGGCGGAUGACUAUAUCCACGGCCCACGACCCACGAUAUCGCACCACGGAAACGACCACGCGUAGUGUUAACCUUUCGAGCGUCCAUGUCCUGAAGCUGAUUUAUCCGGGGGAGUGUUUGUUUGUGCUUGCCCUGGCCCAUCUGCACCUGCAGGUGUGGGACUUCCCUACUUUUCCGCGGUUCGUCCUUAAGGAAUUGCAUCUGCUCUUGCAGCUUCGCGUUGUUCCAGCCCCCAGUUUAAUUAGUUUGCCCGAUUUGUCUCGGUGUUGACACUUGGUCUUACGCCCCAUUGCGCCUUGGGGCCACGUUAAGGACCAUAUCGGCAUUGGCAUCGCCUCCGACUUGGCCAGCAGGCAUGUAAGCUCAAUUAGGUCCCGAGCACUUUCACGCUCGAAAAAGGUCCCAAUCCAAUUUCGAAAGGAACGCCAGUUGCGGAGCUACACGGAAAAAGUUCACUUUCAACUUAGUAUCCUUAGUAAAACCUUUCAAACUGAUUGCACUUUUAUCUUUCAACUUGGAAAGUAUACUAUGGAAAUGCACUAUUCUGCUUUAAUAAUUUUCUUGAUGUAUUGCAAGCAAAGAUAUUUUAAAACUUUAGUUUUUAUCAGAACUGUGUUGAUCAUACAAUUUUGAGAUUAGGAAUCCCUCUGUUUGAAAAUGAAAAGGUGUGUUUGAAAGCCUUUUAUUUAUUGUACGAUACACGUUAUUUAGUAUUGUAAAUGCAUUAUUUUUGUUUGCUGUGCGUGGUCAGUUUGAAUUGUGUGCCAAGGGGUCCUUAGUCGCCAGUUUGUCUGAUGUGGACACUCCCAUGGAACCGCACAAAAGAAUGUCGCACUGGCUUCGUUUGUUACCAAUUGUUUCAAUGCUUACUGGCAAUUUUUUGGCACUCAAUCGAAGAGUGCUGCGUGCGCUUGGCAGUUGUGCUUAAUGGAAUUUUUAUGCGCUGCUAUUGAGUAGCUCAAUUGCUCGUUGGUUCGAUGGUUGUGUGUCGAUUUUUUGAGGUCAAAGGGCACGCUCCCUGGCUUUUCAAUUUCCCCCAAUACAGCAGCCAUACAAUGGCAGAACGGGCAUUAAAAUUAAUUAGCGACGCGCAUGUGUUGCAACGGCGGCGGUGACCAUGUCCCUGAGCCGAUGCUCUUGGCUCCUAUGCCCGAUGCCCAAUCCCCUCCAGCUGCAUUUAUCCAGGCAGCCAGCAUCUGGCCUUAUCUGAAAUAUGCACACGAGGCCUUGGGCCGCCGACUUUUUCGUAAUGUCAGCCAAGGCAACGUCAACCAGCUGACGAACGACACAGCCAUUGCAUUCCGCAUUCGGAUUCGCAUCCGAAACGGCAACAAACUGUUGUAGGUGAUAUCAACCCAAAAAGCAAAAAAUAAAAAACACGAAAGGGUCCUUGGGCGCUUUUCUAGCGAGUUUCUAGAAAACUGCAUUUAUUGUGCGACUUUAUGGCAAACGCAGCACAAUCCCCGGAUAAACGAGAUGUUGUGCGGACAUGAGUGCUAAUUAAAAACUGUUCUCUAAUCCAAAAGCCACUCAACUUCCUGCAUAUCCUACACAAGCCAACGAAAUGCCAAGUGACGAUGCCAUUUUUAUAGACCUUUUCUAAAAUAACCGAGAUUCGAGAUACGACUACAGAUAGUGAUAGCGAAAGCGAGGCGCCAGUGAAAGUGCCAUCCGCCCAAUCAAGACGGCCGAAUGAUUUGAUGAUGGCAGCCAGCGGGCGGAUUCGCAAGCGAAAGCAUAAAAGCCAUACAAGUGGCGACGUUCCCACUACAACGACUAGUGUACCCAUGCCCAUUUCGACCACGGCGCCUGGAAAAACGGUCGCGGAGACAAUGGAGGAAGCCGCCCUCGCCGGGGAUUACAAUAAUUUCACGCAUAAUUUCGUCGAUUUUCAGAACCUCUUGAGUUUCAACGAAUUGAAUGGCACUAGUAGCAGCGGUGGUGGAGGUGGUGUAGGUGGUAGCAGUGCUAUCAGCUCGUUGAGCGCAUCGAGUGCCAUUAAGCUGAAUAACGGCGCCAUUACGGACACUCUGCUUGGCACGGUUCUCACUACGGCAACGGCCACGGUGGCUCCGGCGGCCAGUUCGCUUCUAGCCACCUUGGCGGCCACCACAACAGCAUCGGCGAGAGGAUCGCUGGCGGGCAAGUCCUUGGCUAUUGCUGACGCCACUUCAUCCACCUAUUACUCCAACUUGCUGAACCUAUCGCCGGCCACCACCAGCUUGAUCUCGGCGGCUGCGGCCACCAAGUCGUACAACGACAGUGCCCUCCGGUGGGAGCAGCUGGACGGAAACGUGGACUUCGGGUUCGACCCACUCUACCGCCACUCGCUGGCCAUGUCCAUGGUUUACUGCGUGGCCUACAUCGUCGUCUUCCUGGUUGGACUCAUCGGGAAUAGCUUCGUGAUCGCCGUCGUCCUGCGGGCUCCUCGCAUGCGGACGGUGACGAACUACUUCAUUGUGAAUCUGGCCAUUGCGGACAUCCUGGUCAUUGUCUUCUGCCUGCCAGCCACUCUGAUUGGCAACAUCUUUGUGCCCUGGAUGCUCGGAUGGCUGAUGUGCAAGUUUGUGCCCUACAUACAAGGUGUCUCCGUGGCAGCCUCUGUCUACAGCCUGAUUGCCGUUUCCCUGGACAGGUUCAUUGCCAUCUGGUGGCCCCUGAAGCAGAUGACAAAGCGACGUGCUCGCAUCAUGAUAAUCGGCAUAUGGGUAAUCGCGCUGGUGACCACCAUCCCUUGGCUGCUCUUCUUCGACCUGGUGCCCGCCGAGGAGGUCUUCUCCGACGCCCUGGUCUCGGCCUACUCGCAGCCGCAGUUUCUCUGCCAGGAAGUUUGGCCUCCGGGCACGGAUGGGAACCUGUACUUCCUGCUAGCCAACCUGGUGGCCUGCUACCUGCUGCCCAUGUCCCUCAUCACACUCUGCUACGUGCUCAUCUGGAUCAAGGUCUCCACGAGGUCCAUCCCUGGCGAGUCCAAGGACGCCCAAAUGGACCGCAUGCAGCAAAAGAGCAAGGUGAAGGUCAUCAAGAUGCUGGUGGCCGUGGUGAUCCUGUUUGUUUUGUCCUGGCUGCCGCUCUACGUCAUCUUCGCGCGUAUCAAGUUCGGCUCGGACAUCUCGCAGGAGGAGUUCGAGAUCCUCAAGAAGGUGAUGCCGGUGGCCCAGUGGCUGGGCUCCUCGAACAGCUGCAUCAAUCCCAUCCUCUACUCGGUGAACAAGAAGUACCGACGCGGAUUCGCGGCCAUCAUAAAGUCGCGCAGCUGCUGCGGACGCCUCAGGUACUACGACAACGUGGCCAUCGCCUCCAGCACCACCAGCACACGAAAGUCAUCGCACUACCACCAGAACAGCUCGAGAAAGAGUCCGAGCAGCAAGGGCAACGCGGUGUCAUACAUCUACGAGCAUAACUCGCUGCGGCGCCACAACAUGAUGCUCAAGCAGGACAGUAACCUGUCGCAGCAAAUGCUGCUCAAGCAGGACUCUCACGGAUCUCGUCAGUUCCUCAUCAAGCAGGAGAGCUCCUGCAGCGAUGCCUCCGGGAUCAGGCGACCCCUCUGCCAGCAGGACAGCAAUGGCUCCAAGGUGUCACUGUCCAAGCAGGACUCAAUUGUGUCAUACAUGGAGGCUCGACGGGCGGCGGGACACGGUCUAAACGACACUCUGGUGGACAGGGAUAGUGUCUCGAUGGACGUUGGCCGGCGACAGGGCGCCACACCGAGCUCCCUGCUCGAUAAGCGGCAGAAAUUUGUGAAGCAGGACUCGGUGAUCUCGUUUGUUGACCAGCGACCAGAGCAAAGGCGCCAUCAGCUGGUCAAGCAGGACUCGGUCAUCUCCUUCGCAGACCAGCGACGCGGACUGCUCCACAAACAGGAUUCGCUCAUGGCCAACCGGACGGGUGAUGCACCCACCCACCACGUUUCCAUUCUGAAGAAGACCGACUCGCAGAUCAGCUACGGCAGUUCUACUUCUCCUCGCAGAAAUGCGGAUUUCUACGAGCAGGCAACAUUGGGUUGAAGGAGCUCCUAACUCUGGUAGAUAGAUACCAACCACCAUAUGCGUGGGUCGGUUUCAGUUAAACAAGUGUGAUGAACUACAUUAGGGGCUUAUGUAAUGCAGAAAUUUCAAAGCAUAAUUAAGAUGGUUUACCUUCGUUAAACAGAUGUGCUCUAAUAAGUUCUUGAAUCACACAAACCCCUAGGAUUUAUUGCUUAACAAAUCGACCCAACCUAACAUACAAAAUAAAGCAACGAUACCAAAAACUUACCGAACCACAAAGGAAAUCUUAGCAGAUUUCUAUAGCAGAUAGACUCAGACAGGGUCGAAUGGAAGUCGAGUGAUAGGCCUACGAUUGUGAUACAAGUCGGCGCGCUGGUGGGUUCAGAAUUAGUAACUAGGCAGUGCCGCACGCAUCCGUCCCGUCAUCGUCGUUGGGAUAGGGUUAGGUUAGUGGACGGGAUGGAGUGCCAGUGGGGACGGACAUCGGGAUGGACCAAUAGUGGGUGGGUAUAUCUAAUCAGAGAUCGCUUAGCUAAGAACAGAUAUGCCACACGGGGUUCGAGCAACAGGACUUCUCCACACACAGACACCACAGAAUGCAGAAAACAGAAUAUAGAAUACACUAAAGACACUGAAGACACUCCCCACAGAUCUAAUAGGUAAUAGAUGUUUUAUACGUGUUUCAGAGGUACUACGCAAGAUAGGAACUACUCCUUGGCUAUGGCUAUAUAAUACCUAUAUGUACCGUUACGCAGUUUUAAGAUGGUUUGUACUCGCAAUUUGCAAUAUCGAAAAGUUUGGUUAAGAGUGGGCGGAACAACGUGGGAAUCGAAGGGGUUAAAAUAGCUUAGCUAAACUUUUUGUACGACGGCGAACGUGAGUGAAACGGGCAAGUCCAGUAUCAUAGUUGAGAAACGAAAACAAAACAAAAUGAGAUAACACCGAGGUCUAAAGUAACGUACCUACUAAAUUUUUGUAUGGAAAUUCUUACAAUUUAUACAUAUAUAUUUAUAUUGAUUUUGGAAUAAGCAAUAUGCAAUACAAGCGUAUGUCUGCGCGUACGCCGUGUAUCUAUCAAACAACAAUAAUCAAUUUUAUUAGAAUUUUACACAACUGAGUCGCGGCAGCGGAAAUGGCACAGCAGCGGAAAUGGGUUAGAAGACGCAAUGCACCGGAAGGCGAGUGAAAACGAAAACGAUUGGCGCACCAUACAAGCUUUGUUAUUGUCCAAUCGCCGAUUAUUUCGAUAUUUCGAUGUUUCGGUGUUUCGGUAACCAUGGGCAGAGGCAGCAGAGUUAGUUAAGGCAUCAAACGCGCACAAAGUAACACUUGACCAUGCUGGGACAGAGUAGAUUAGGGGGAAUGGAGUAGUCUAGGGAUUAGGGCUAGAUUAGGAUUAGAGCUGGACGAAGGAGUAGGUUGUCCGCUAAGUGAGCACAAAGCAGUCAAAGAUUUCGCACUAAACGUAUCACUACAAACUAACAAAGAAGCAAACAAUAAUCGAACUCAAAUUCGUUAAACACUAAACACCAAUAAACUUUAAACUAUACGAAAUAAAAUUUUAACGGAUAUCGCAAGGGGGCAAAAUCAAUGGUAAAACUAUGAAACUAAACGUAACGAUUAACUAUGCAAUUUUAUUGUUAGCCAAAAUUUUAUAACUGUCAAGUAACGAACAAGUAAAUAUUUAUAUGUAUACAGAAUAUAUCAAGCAUAAAGCAUACGUUAUAUAUCUUUAUAUACUUCGAUUGCAUUAGGCGCGGAUCGGUAGAGUUUUGGUUGGCUUUGGUGUAACCGAGAAUGAUUUGAUCAGAGAUUUAGAUUAGUCGAACCUAUCGUUCUCUGUUUAGACAUGGAAGGCUAAGACCCCGAUCCAAAAAUGGAAAAAGUAGAACACAUGCACAGCCCGUUCAAAACUCCAGCGCUUAGUGUAAGGCAAGAAUCUACAAUGAGGAAUAUCAAUAAUAUAUUUCAAAUAUACAAACAUAUAUUUAUAUAGGCCUAGCGAUUCAUAUGUUAGCAGUAUGUGGCAAGCAUUCACAAGAGCGAACAACAUCGUCUAGUAAACAAGAGAUUACAUUUAUAUAAAUACAUACAUAUUAUAUGCUGCAAAUACGAAGGGCGCGCAAUAGAAUGUUCUUUCCCGCUUUUGAUUCCACUUAAAAAAGAAAGAAUUAACCCGGAAGUUGCGAGCAGGCUGAUUUAAGCAAAGUAAUAUUUAUCGAAUACCCCAAUUUGAACUUUAGGUUUUAAAGUUUUAAAACGUAGAGCAUACCCAUACUCACAUGCAUGUGCAUUAUGUUCGUUAUUUACCGAUGCGGAAUACAAAAUAACAUAAAAUAUUUAAAAAGUGAUCGCGCGUUAACCAGUUAAACCGAAAGAAUGGCAUUAAAGGCAACACAAUAUUAUAUAUGUAAAUAUAUGUGUUAAUGAAUACAUAUAUAUGUAUAUUUAUCGCAUAGAACUAACACCAAAGAUACAUGCAUGUUAGCAGAAAUAAUAAAUAAAAAUACAAACUAAA